AUGUGUUCGAUUGUGCUGUAUUACACGAUCAUUGCGCCAAAAGUGGUACGUCCUGAUUCAGAAUAUAAUGUAGCGGCAAGUGUCACUGCAGUAUCAACGCCGUCAGCGAUAUACAUUGAACUGAGUGGCGAACUCGAUACGGGCAAAAUAUUCAAUAUUUCUCGGACUGCAGUUGUUGAGCCUUACUCUACUCAGAUUCUGAGAUUAGAUAUUGGCGAAACCACGCCAGGAAAGUAUAAACUUAUAGCACGCGGCUUAUCCGGUAUCGAUUUUUAUAAAUCGGUAGAUGUCGAAUAUGUACAUAAAAGUUAUUCUGUCUUUAUUCAAACCGAUCGGGCGAUUUAUAAACCCGGUCACAAAGUCAUGUUUCGUUGUAUAAUAUUGGAUUCGCGGCUGAGACCAAGUAUCGUGAGACCAACGGACAUAUAUAUCAUCGAUGGCGAUGGUAAUCGUAUCAAACAAUGGAAUCGACCACCAGUUACUCACGGUAUCUUCGGCAGUGAAUUAGAAUUAUCGCAGUCGCCAGUCUUAGGCAAGUGGAAACUCAUUGCUAAUGUAGGUGAUCAGACGUUUGAAAAGGAAUUUGAAGUUGCGGAAUACGUUCUACCAAAUUUCGAAGUGACGAUUGAUUCGCCAAAACAUGUACAGUUCAAAGAAUCAAAAAUUACAGCAACUGUCCAGGCAAAGUACACUUAUGGAAAACCAGUAAAAGGUGAAGCUACGAUAACAGUUUAUCCAGACAUUUUUUCUGGCGUUAUUCAACCGAUUUUCCAACAACCUGUGAGAAAAGUAGUACCGAUUAAUGGGAAAGUUACGGUCGAUUUCGAUAUAUUGUCUGAAUUAAGACUGACUGACGAAUAUGAAAGACCCGUAAUGAUUGAUGUGGUAGUGGAAGAGGAAUUAACUACCAGAAGACAAAAUACUUCGAUACAAAUAACGCUACAUAAACACAAAUAUACGAUGGAACUCAUAAGAACAUCGGAAUAUUUUAAACCGGGAUUAAAAUAUACUGCUUUCCUAAAAUUAACAUAUCAUGACGGAUCGCCAGUACAAGAUAUCAAAAAUGAUGUUCUGAUUGCAUAUGGAUACACAUACAAUCAAUCGGCGUAUUCAAAUAUUACGAGGAAAUUAGACGAACAUGGUAUGGUGCAACUAGAUUUUUAUCCACCUAAGGCAAAGGAUAACAUCUCUUUUCCUUUAAAUAUAGAGGCACAAUAUUUGAAUCUUCACGAAUGGUUUCCCUCGACUAAUCAAGCUACGUCCCUAAGCAAUGAAUACAUCCAGGCAAUUCUGAAAACGGAAAAACCGAUGGUGAAUAAUUAUAUUGAAAUUGAAGUAAAUUCCACCACUCCGUUGAAAUAUGUAAGUUAUGAGGUACUUGGCCGCGGUAAUAUCUUAGAUGCAGGAUCGAUCUAUGUGCAAGACAAAUACACGACAUCGUUCAGAUUUUUAGCGACAUACGUCAUGACACCUACUGCGCACGUAAUUAUAUAUUACAUACGAACAGAUGGAGAAGUAAUAGCAGACUCAUUAGAUGUUGAAUUGUCAGGAAUACUUCAAAAUCACGUUGAUAUUAAAAUAACACUUGGCGAAGUUAUGCCUGGGGAAAGUGUUAAUCUUGUGAUAUCCACGAAACCAAAUUCUUUCGUUGGAUUAUUGGGUGUUGAUCAGAGAUCCCUCUUGUUGAAAUCCGGAAAUGAUAUUUCUUAUGAACAAGUGUACAAAGAAUUACAGUCAUAUGAUAAAGCAGAAGUAUCACCGCAUACAGAUGCAUUUUUCGGUCGUCCUCUUUGGAGACCCGGUUCAGGAACAGCGGAUGACGUAUUUCAAAAAACUGGUUUAAUAAUCCUCACAAACGGAUACGUCCAUGAGAACUUCCCUAUACUAUACUACAGAUCUAGUUUCGAGGACGUGAUGUAUGCAUCCCCUGCAGCAUUCUCAGGCCAGGCUGCUGCAUUACCGCCCGAGAAGAUCAAAGUUCGCAAGAAUUUCCCUGAAACUUGGCUUUGGCAAACGCUUGACGCUGGAUAUAAUGGAAAAACUGAAUUGAGACGAAACGUACCAGAUUCCAUCACGUCGUGGGUACUGACUGCAUUUUCUGUCAAUGACGCGCACGGAUUAGGCCUUAUAGAAGAACCCAGAAAGUUAAAGGUAUUUAAACCAUUCUUCAUAUCCAUCGAUUUGCCGUACUCGGUGAUUCGGGGAGAAAUCGUAGGGAUACAAAUCGUGGUAUUCAAUUACAUGAAUAAGGACUUGAUAACUGAAGUUCUGUUAACGAAUGAGGGACAAUUUGAUUUUGCGGAAGUUUCCAACGAAGUUCACGAUGCACCAAAAUUGGAGUUAUAUCGCACAAAGAAAGUAGAUGUAAAAGCUAAUUCCGGCUCGACUGUAUCGUUCAUGAUUAUUCCAAGAGAACUGGGAUACAUCAGUAUUAAAGCGACUGCUAAUAGCGUUUUAGCUGGCGACAGCGUUGAACAUAAAUUAUUUGUCAAUGCUGAAGGAGAAACGCAAUACAGAAAUGAAGCGGUAUUUCUGGAUUUAAGAAAUGUUGAACAGACGAGUGCAAAUGUUACCAUCAAUAUACCUAACAACGCAGUUCCAGGAUCUGAGAAUAUACAAAUAUCUGCAGUUGGUGAUAUUUUGGGCCCUAGUAUCCCAAACUUGGCAAAUUUAAUAAGAAUGCCUUUUGGUUGCGGCGAGCAGAAUAUGUUGAAUUUUGUACCGAAUAUUGUCAUUUUAAACUAUCUCAAGAAUACAAAUCAAUUAACGCAAGCUGUACAAAGCAAAGCUUUAAAAUACUUGGAUAUCGGUUACCAACAAGAAUUGACUUACAAACAUACUGAUGGUUCAUUUAGUGCGUUUGGCAUGUCGGAUUCUAGCGGAAGUACAUGGCUUACAGCCUUCGUAGCAAAAUCUUUCAAACAAGCGGCGGAAUAUAUAGCGAUUGAGAAUAGGAUCAUAAACGGAGCAUUAGAAUGGUUAUCCAAUAAUCAAGCACCGAAUGGCUCUUUUCCCGAGGUAGGAAAAGUAAGUCAUCGCGAUAUGCAGGGUGGAGCUGCAAAAGGAUUGGCUUUGACAGCAUACACGCUCAUUGCUUUUCUAGAAAAUGAAGAGUCUGUGGGGAAAUAUCGAAAUACGAUAAAUAAAGCUGUUGAUUAUAUUGUUCGUAAUAUGGAAGGAUUAAACGAUACAUACGCAUUAAGCCUAUGUGCCUAUGCUUUAAAUUUGGCGAAACAUCCAUAUGAGACAUCGGCAUUUAACUUCUUGGAAUCGAAAGCUAUGAGGAAACAGGAUCUCAAAUGGUGGAGUAAGCCCAUUCCAAAAGACGAUAAAAAUCCGCACUAUUCUUUGCCACGUUCCGUUGAUGUCGAGAUGACUUCGUAUGCUUUACUCUUGUAUCUCAGACGCAAUUUAGUCGCAGAUGCAAUUCCCGUGAUGAAGUGGCUGGUGAAACAAAGAAAUACAGAAGGUGGCUUUGCAUCGACGCAAGAUACUGUGAUCGGGCUUCAAGCAUUGGCGAAGCUCGCUGAAAAAUUGUCGAAGGACACGAAUUCAGUUCGUAUCACAUAUAAAUAUGAAGGAAAAGGCGAAGGUUAUAUGAAUAUAAAUAGCGGUAAUUCCAUGAUACUACAAAAGCAAAUACUACCUGCGAAAACACGAUUUGUCAAUAUAACAGCAUCCGGUAAAGGCUUUGUACUGGUGCAAAUUUCUUAUCAAUAUAAUCUAAAUGUAACUGGAGCAUGGCCGUUGUUCACGUUGGAUCCUCAAGUAGAUAAAAAUUCAAAUGCUAAUCAUUUACAACUUUCUAUAUGCUCAGGAUUUGUUCCAACCAAGGAAGCAAACGAAAGUAACAUGGCUGUUAUGGAAGUAAGCCUACCAUCUGGUUUCACAGUAGAUAGGGAUUCAUUACCGAGUUUAGAAAUAUCAUCACAUGUAAAGCGUGUGGAAACUAGAAAUGGUGAUACAAUGGUGGUUUUAUAUUUUGACAAGAUGGUGAAACAAGAAUAUUGUCCAACAGUGUCCGCAUUUAGGACGCACAAAGUAGCUAAACAAAAACCAGUUCCCGUUUCUAUUUAUGACUAUUAUGAUUCAUCGAGAAGAGCAAGAGUAUUUUACGAGCCUAGACAGACGACAACCUUAUGUGACCUAUGCGAAGAUGAAGAUUGCGAAGAUAUAUGCAUUUCAAAACCCGGAAAACGAAAAGAUAAUGUUACAGUGUCCGCUGCGUCACACAAUUAUAUUUCUGUAUAUUUACAAUUUACAUUCUUCUCGUUUUACUUCUUGCUUUAUAAGUACUUAUAAUGUGUGUGUGUGUGUGUGUGUGUGUGUGUGUGUGUGUGUGUGUGUG